AUGAACUGGCUGCGGCAGGUCUGCAUCGGCGAUCUGGACUUGGAAGACUCGACGAAUCAAUGGACGACAGUGCUGUCCUCGUUUUUAUUCUUCUUAUGUCUAUACCUCAUCUGCCUAGCCCUAUCGUUGCUGUCUGAAACCUACCGUAGGCUAAGCAACCGGGAGAAAGUGUUUUGGCACCUCUCUAUCGUUAGAGCGGUGUUUGGCGUGUUUGGCGCUUAUUCUGGAAUUUCCACCUUUCUGUGGACGCCAGAACUGCAUGCUGACAUUAUCAAUGGCAAAACACCGGAAUCCUACUUUAUUGUGAUGGUGACGACUGGAUUUUUCCUGUUCGAGUGCGCUACACUGUUCGCAUCCAACAUCUACUUCCGCUUUAUAGAUUGGAACCUGGCGCUGCACCAUUUACUUUCUUUGAUGGAGAUCCUGAUGACAGUCCAUUACGGAAAGGCUCAUUUCUUUGGCUGUCAAGGGCUCUUGCUGGAGGUCACGACACCGUUCUCGGCCGUGUGCUGGCUGCUGCUUAAAGCCAAGAAAGCAGACACGAUGUUGUGGCGUGCUAACCAGUACAUUCUCAUUCACCUAUUCCAUUGCCGCACGACAGUGGAGCUCUACAUCUGGUGGGCGACCUACCAGAACCUUCCGAUUGUGCUGAGCGACAUGCCGGUCCCGCUCGGAGCUCUUCUUAGCAUUGAGUUAACACUGAUCAACUUCUACCUGACGCCAUUCUGGACGUAUAAGAAAACGAAGCAGCUGUUCAACCCCGUCGAUUGGAAUCAUCCCGACGCCAAGAAAACGCAAUGA